AUGUUUUCAUAUAUUUUAAUAUUUUUUAAUUAGCAAGAUCAUCUCAUACGCCAGAGAAACUGGACUGACGACAACUAUGGAUUCAGACUUGUCCGGUGCGGAUUUCUGUCGCUUCUGUAGAUCGGAAGCAUCUUCGGAUCGCCCUUUAUUCCAUCCCUGCAUUUGCACCGGCUCUAUAAAAUGGAUUCAUCAAGAGUGUCUAGUACAAUGGAUGCGGUAUUCACGAAAAGAAAUUUGCGAGCUAUGUGGACAUCGGUUCUCCUUCAUGCCGAUUUAUUCGCCCGACAUGCCUCGACGACUACCGAUACGGGAUGUUAUGGGUGGUUUGGUUACCUCCGUAGCGUCGGCUGUAAAAGACUGGCUGCACUAUACUCUGGUAGCCCUUGCAUGGCUCGGUAUCGUUCCACUAACCGCUUGUAGAACUUACCGUUGCCUAUUUUCGGCUUCUCUGGAUCCAGUUAUAUCAUUGCCAUUUGAUAUAGUAUCAGCUGAGAAUCUUGCUAAAGAUGUUUUCUCGGGUUGCUUUGUUGUGACAUGUACUUUAUUUUCGUUUAUUGGCCUCGUAUGGCUCCGAGAGCAGAUAAUGCACGGUGGGGGUCCAGACUGGAUGGAGAGAGAGAACCUACCUGCUCCUCCCCCAGAAGAAAUCCCAUUGCCUGAAAAUAAUAAUGACCGGAUCAAUGAAGUUCCUGGAGAAGAAGGAGCAGAGAGAGAAGAAGGUAUUGGUGAUGCAGGGGAAGAUGCUCUAGUUGGAGAUGAAGCUAAUUGGAAUCCUAUGGAUUGGGACAGAGCAGCAGCUGAGGAGCUAACUUGGGCUCGUCUUCUUGGUUUAGAUGGCUCAAUGGUGUUUUUGGAACAUGUGUUUUGGGUUGUGUCCCUUAAUACAUUGUUUAUUCUGGUGUUUGCAUUCUGCCCAUACCACAUUGGGAGAUUGGGGGCUGCCCUAGCCGGCUUGACUGCAGAGGGUCCCUUUGCAGGUCCUCUGACAGCUUUGGCUGGGUAUGUGUUGGUGGGUGCAAUCCUUGCUGUGUUACAUGGCAUAGCAUCCUUGUUACGUCUUAGAAGUGCUAAGAAGGCUCUAGGUUUCUGCUAUGUUGUUGUGAAGGUGGCCCUCCUAUCUGUCGUAGAGAUUGGUGUAAUACCGCUAGUUUGUGGUUGGUGGUUAGAUCUAUGCUCCCUUUCAAUGUUCGAUGCGACCCUCAAAGACCGGGAGUCAAGUCUCCAUGCAGCACCUUGGACAUUAAUGUUUAUACAUUGGCUUGUUGGAAUGGUUUACGUGUACUACUUUGCAUCAUUCAUCUUGCUACUAAGAGAGGUGCUCCGGCCCGGUGUACUUUGGUUUUUAAAGAAUUUAAAUGAUCCUGACUUCAGUCCUGUACAGGAAAUGAUACAUCUUUCAGUAUGGUCGCAUAUUCGACGUCUUAUUGUUUCGGCUAUGAUAUUUGGUACAGCUGUACUCUUUAUGCUGUGGCUACCGAUAAGAGUCAUCAAAUAUGUGUUACCCGGAUUUCUUCCUUACGCCGUUGCCGUGCACACUGAAGCACCCGUGAAUGAAUUGAGCUUGGAAUUAUUAUUACUGCAGGUGAUACUGCCGGCUCUAUUGGAGCAGUCUCACACGCGCACAUGGCUGAAGGCGGGUCUGCGUGCGUGGUGCGCGUGCGCCGCGGCCUUGCUCGGCCUGCGCUCUUACCUGCUGGGCGAGGCGGCUAGAGAUGAGCCAAACCCACCCCCACAUCCUCCGCAUCAGCUCGGCGCGGCGCAUCAGGCGCUGGUGUGGCGCGACGGUCCUGCUGGCUUCGAGCCGUAUGUGAGAGUGUCGUGGUUCCCGCUGCGACUGGCCGGUCUACUCGUCCUCGUCUCUAUAUCACUCGUCAUGGCCAGCGCUCUCACUUUGGUUAUUCCAGUGGCUAUUGGUAGGAAAGUGAUGGCUCUGUGGCUACCGAAAGCAUCGGAAGGAGUCCACGAAUUAUAUACAGCGGCUUGCGGUAUGUAUGUAUGCUGGGCGGUGGGGCGCGGCGGUGCGCUGGCGGCGGGCUGGGCGCGCGGAGGGCGCGCGGCGCUGCUGGCGCGGGCCGCGCUGUGGGCACGCCGCGCGGCUCGGGCUGCGCUCGCGGCUCUCGCGCUGCUCGGACUGGUGCCAUUGAUGUUUGGAUUGCUGCUAGAAUUGGUACUGGUGAUACCUCUCCGCGUGCCACUGGAGCAGUCUCCAGUAUUGUUCGUGUGGCAGGACUGGGCACUGGGUGUGCUCUACACAAAGAUCGUGUGCGCGCUCACUAUGAUGGGUCCGGACUGGACAAUGCGUCGUGCCAUAGAGAAAGCAUACAGAGAUGGCAUCAGAGAGAUGGAUUUAAAGUUCAUCCUUCGUGAUGUUGCGGCGCCGUUGGUGAGGUGGUUGGGGUUGGCGCUGGCUGUGCCAUACGCACUGGCACACAGCGCUGCACCGCUGCUGGUCACCGCGCCAGUGCAGCGCAACCUGCUCGCGCGACGUGUAUACCCAGCCUUAUUAUUGCUCGUAGUGCUCGGAACACUCGCUGUAUUCCAGAUCCGACAGUUCAAGAAGUUGUAUGAGCACAUUAAGAACGAUAAAUAUCUUGUGGGUCAGCGACUCGUCAACUACGAUCAUCGGCGACAUAAACAACAGCGCAGCUCCGUCGCCGCGACCAACUGAGACCGCCCGAGACCGACAGAGACAGCCUCAGACUACCUGAGACCGCCCUAGACUGAGACUAGACAAAUGUUAUACUUAGUUAAUGUUUAAUCUAAUAACGGUACAAGUUAAAACACCCUUUGUAUCACUUAUACCACUUGUAUAUCUGCAAUAUACAAGUUGUAUACACGUGACGUAACUAUCUCGUCUCGUAUAUCAUAUUGAAACAUCUCAUUUAUACAAGAUACAAACUAGAUUCCGUUGGCGGUUUUUCAUGUUUAUUAUAAUAAAAUAUCUGUGUAUAUCAAGUGUAUCUUGUAUACACGUGAUAUAAAUUAGAUACACUUGAUAUUACGGUAUAAAGUAUGCCGUAAAAUCUUGUAUGUAUCUAUAAGAUAUAAUGACGGAACAUUGUAUUUCUACAUCAAAUGAUAAUGUUAUACAAAAAUAGACCAUUUGUAUCACAGUUGUAUAAAUUCAUGAUAAGCCUAAUGUAUCUGUGUCAAAUCAUUGUGUCUAGACUAGAUGAUUCAGAUUUUUAUUGUUCUUAUAAAAAUUGAUUUGAAAUUUAGUAAAACAUUAUCAAUCUUACAUUGAACUAUAAAGCUGUGAAUUUUUGUUGUUUUCAUGAAAUUGGGAAAAAACUGAAGUCAAACUAAGAUUUAGCGAGAAAUAUAUUCCAUUUUGAGAUUGUAAAUAAUUUUUUUUUUGGAGUGUAGAUAAAAUAUGGCGCCACAGACUAUGAAUUAGGUUAAAUGCGAAUGCAUUUUUUUUACAUUUAAUAUACUUGGUGUAUUAAAGAAAAUGUAAGUCCCGAUCAGUGAAAUGUAACACAUAUUUGAGAUUAUUAGGGAAAAUAUUAAUUUAUAUUCAAUAUAAAUUCGCUUUAUUCAAGAAAAGCAAUGAAAAAAUAGUUAGUUCAGAGUUUAUUCAGAACGAACAAUCUAAUAUUUUUUUUAUAUUCAUAAAAUUAAGAUAGAUUAGACAGUGUUUGGGGGAGGCCUAUGCCCAGCAGUGGGCGUAACAAGGCUGAAUGGAUGGAUGAGACAGUCUUUUAUGGAGAGUAGGUGGCUCAUGGGUUAAGCACUUGAUUUGCAAUCUGUAAGUCCUGGGUUCGAAUCCCGCCAUGUACCAAU